AUGACUGCCGUCUUCCAUAACUCACUGCUUUUUCUACUUCCUUUCAGCUUGACCGGGAAAGAAGCUCUGACCCACUUCCCAUCCCUGGGACCCUCCACAAACUCUGCCCAGGGGAAGGUCCAUGUGAAGCAAUGUGACUUGCUGAAGCUGUCCCGCAAGCAGAAGAGGCUUUGCCGGAGGGAGCCUGGCUUGGCAGAGACCUUGCGGGAUGCCAUCCGGCUUGGGAUCAUGGAGUGCCAGUACCAGUUUCGCAGCGAGCGCUGGAACUGCAGCCUGGAAGGACGGACCAGCCUGCUGAAGCGAGGUUUUAAGGAAACUGCCUUCCUCUAUGCAGUGUCCUCUGCAGCCCUCACCCACUCCUUGGCCAGAGCAUGCAGUGCUGGGCGCAUGGAGCGCUGCACCUGUGAUGACUCCCCGGACCUGGAGAACCGCAAGGCCUGGCAAUGGGGCGUUUGUGGAGACAACCUCAAAUACAGCACCAAGUUCCUGAAAAAAUUCUUGGGUCAGAAGAGGAUUGGCAAAGACCUGCGGGCCAAGGUGGACAUCCACAACACCAAUGUUGGCAUCAAGGCUGUGAAAAAUGGUCUAAAAACCACAUGCAAGUGCCAUGGUGUCUCUGGCUCAUGUGCUGUCCGGACAUGCUGGAAGCAGCUUUCGCCUUUCCAUGAGAUUGGACGACUGUUGAAGCUGCGCUAUGAUGAUGCUGUCAAGGUCUUCAGCACCACCAAUGAUGCUGUGGGACACUCGGAGCUGGCUGGCCCACAGAGACACAGUCACUCCCCCAAGCACCCCUCUUCGCCCCGCUCUACUGACCUGGUGUAUGUGGAAGACUCCCCCAGUUUCUGUCGUCCCAGCAAAUACUCAUUGGGAACUGCUGGGAGGACUUGCUCUCGGGAAGGCAACUGUGACAGCAUGUGCUGUGGACGAGGCUAUAACACCCAGAGCCGGCUGGUUACCUUCUCUUGCCACUGCCAGGUGCAGUGGUGUUGCUAUGUUGAGUGCCAACAGUGCAUGCAGGAAGAGGUCGUCUACAGCUGCAAGCAGUAAAGUCAGUGCU